UACACAAUCGAAACCGAAACUACGUUUUAUGUGUACACGGAUGGUAGUUUUUUUCCAUGUACGAAUGUUUGUUGUUGUUUGAUGUAUCGCCGACAGCAACAUUUUUCAUGCUUUAAGUUUAAACCUUAAAGCAAAAUAAUUGUAUGUUUUAGAAGUUAUCCAGUUAUAUGUUAUAUCAUAUUUCAACAAUGAAUUAGUCAUGGAAACUGAACCUCAAAAUGGAACUUGUUCUGAAGAAAGGCAGUAUUGUUAAUCAAAAGGUGAAUGUCAUUGUAAACACUACCUCAACCAAUUUACAGUUGUCCCGGGGCCCCGUGUCAAGUGCCAUACUGUCAGUCGGUGGUGUCGUCUUACAGCAGCAAUGUGAUAAUGACUAUCAGAAUGGAAUACAGUUUGGCCAAGUUGCAGUGACAACUGGUGGAAACUUGAAAUGUAACAACAUAUACCACAUAGCACUGCCGGGAUGGUCACAGCAGGGAAAAGAAAAAUUGGAGGAAGUGAUCACAACAUGCCUUGAAAAAGCAGACACAGAUGGACAUUCUUCUAUAGCUUUUCCAGUACUAGGAGUUGGAAAGCAAAAAUAUCCUCCAGAUGCUGUUGCAGACAUCUUCUUCAAAACAAUCAUAAAGUUUGCAGAAAGAAGUCCAGGUUCUCUUCAGAAAGUUGUAGUUGCUGUUUUCAAUUCCAACAAGGAAGUCAUUAAGGCAUUUGAUAAUGAGAUAUUCAAACACAGGUUUGAAAGAAGGAUUCAGAUUAAUUCCAGACUUGACCAGACAUUACUGUUACCCUCUAGCAAAAGAAAGCCGUCUGCUAAAAUACCAAGUGUUUGUUAUGUGGUGAAUGACAUCAUCAAUUACAAGGCAGAUGUGUUAGUGAAUUCCACCAAACCGACCCUGGAUCUAUCAAACGGACCAAUAACGCAGGCAGUGCUUGCAGCAGCUGGACCUGGCAUCCAGCAGGAAUGUCAGACGAACUACCCCAAUGGCAUCAAGAGCUGGGAGGUGGCAGUGACCAGUGGAGGACAAACAAACUACAAGCACAUAUAUCACAUAUGCCUUGUACCCUCCGAAUGGUCCGCCAUUAAGCAGAAAUUCCACGAUCUGAUUAAAUGUCUACUGGAUAUGGUUGAAAAUGCCAAACUAAGCUCAAUAGCGAUACCAGCACUGGGAGCUGGCCGAUUGAAGUACCCCCCUGAUGAAGUGGCAAAAUGCAUGUUUGAGACGGCUCUGGCAUUUCGAGGAGUAUAUCUCAAAACCAUUACAUUUGUGGUGCAUCCAAAAGAUGAAUCUAUUCAAAAGGCAUUUAGGACAGAGUUGACAAAACAUAUGCACUUGAACGGAAAUAUUCAGCCCUCAGGGAAUGGAGAAUUCGAAAUUAGCUUGUCGAAAGGGAACAUUGUUCAACAGAAGGUCGAUGUCAUUGUUAACUCAACAAAUACAAAUCUUGACUUUGCAGUUGGAAUAGCAAAGGCAAUCAUCAAAGCUGGUGGUGAUAGCAUACAUCAGGAGUGUAAAGACAAAUAUCCUAAUGGAAUUAAAGCUGGUGAAAUUGCCGUUACUGGAGGUGGAAACCUGCACUGCAGAUUUGUUUAUCAUACAACACUGGACAUGUGGUCUCCAGAUGAAAAGACUGUUACGGCUUUGAGAGACCUAAUUGCAAGCUGUCUAUCAAAAGCUGCCACAGAUGGCCUUUCCAGUAUUGCGUUCCCCGUCAUGGGGACUGGUGUGAAGAAAUAUCCAAGAGACGUCGUCAGUAAAAUUAUCUUUGAGAGCUUCGACAGUUUCAACAAGAAUCAUCCAAACACCUCACUUCAAGAAGUCAAGGUGGUUGUACACCCAAACGAUGUGGAAAACUGGAGGGUAUUUACGCAUACAGACCAAGAAGUUGUGGCUGCUGGACCAGCAAGAUCAUUUGAAACACAAUUCCCCCCAGAAUGGAACCCAAUGAACAAAGACGAUUUUGUCAUGUACGUUCAGGUGCCACCUGGAACCAAGGAGUAUGACUCUGUAAUACAGAAUUUCACAAGUACUCUAGACCAGGCCAUUACAAUUGUUAAGAUUGAACGGAUUCAGAACAGAACCUUGUAUUGUCAGUAUCACGUGAUGAAAGAUCGGUUUUGUGGUCAGAACCAAGGAAUACAAAAUGAACGAAUUCUUUGGCAUGGAACAUCAUCAAAUGCCAUAACUAGCAUCAACACAUUUGGAUUUAAUAGAAGUUAUUGUGGGAAAAAUGCAACUAGAUUUGGUCAAGGAGUGUACUUUGCCACGAAGUCAUCUUAUUCUAUAAACGACAGGUUUGCUGUGCGAGAUGCAGAUGGAUACAAAUAUGUAUACCAGGCCUCUGUGUUGACUGGAGAGUUUACGUUAGGGAAUCCGGACUUUAAAGUUCCUCCAGUGAAGCCAAAUUCAGCAUCACAUAUCCGAUACGAGUCUGUAGUUGAUAACCCUAACAACCCUUCUAUGUUUGUCAUCUUCCAUGACACCCAAGCUUAUCCACAAUAUCUGAUAACUUUCAAAUAAAACACAGCAGGACAGGGAAGUAUUAUAAUAUGGUGCGUUUGGGGGGGAAUAGUCACAAGAUGUUGUAUAUAUCAAAAUGGAAAACAAACUGUGCGCUAUAUUUAUGAUUAUCUGAUAAUUUCUUAUAAAAGUGUAGUAAAUGAAAAUAUUAUACUUAUAAGAGUGGAGGUUUUAAUAGUCAUAAGACAUAAUUAUAAAUCAAAGUGAACUAAACUGAACUGUGCAUUCAUUUGCUUCUACUGGCUUCGGUGGCGUCGUGGUUAAGCCAUCAGACAUAAGGCUGGUAGGUACAGGGUUCGCAGCCUGGUACCGGCUCCCACCCAGAGCGAGUUUUAAUGACUCAUUGGAUAGGUAUAAGACCACUACAUCCUCUUCUAGCUCACUAACCACUAACCUCUAGCAACUAACCCCCAAUCCUGGACAGACAGCCCAGAUAGUUGAGCUGGAUAUAAGCACGAAAGUAAUUUGAAAUGAAAUUAUUAGCUAUAUUAAGAAACACUUAGCUCACAUCAAGCAGUACCCCCACCCCCCACCCCACCCCAAGAUCCUAUCAAAGAAUACAAGAUAUAAAAAGGAUCUGCUCUUAGGAAUCAAGCAGGCAGUUUACCACUGGGCUACAUCCCACCUCUAUGUUGUACAUGAUGUUAUUUUAUUCAAAGUGCUAGCUUGUUGUACAUGAUGUUAUUUUAUUCAAAGUGCUAGCUUGCUGUACAUGAUGU